AUGGCAAUGUUUGUUGAUGAUAUGGAUAUCUCACGUCUCAUGGUGUUUGCCCAACAAAUAGAAGAGUCAAAACUCAAGAAGGAGAGGGCUAGGGAGAAGAAGAGGUCUAAGGUGGAUAAUGCUGGGUCCGAUGGACAUGGUCGUUCUAAGAAUCGACAAAAGUUUUUUGGACAAGGUUAUUCUAAUGCUCCUAAGUAUAAGGAAGAGAUGGUGUCUACCCCUAGGUCACAAGGGAAAGUUAGUGAGUCCCUAUGGCCUACUUAUUCUAGGUGUGGUAAGAGGCAUGAGGGUAGGUGUUUGGCUGGUAAAGAUGGUUGUUAUGGAUGUGGUGAGAGUGGCCACAUGAAGAAAGAUUGCCCAAAGGCAAAGGCUACUAUAGGAGAGGGUAAGCAAAAUGCCCCCAGUGGUGGGGAUGAUGAGCCUCCAAAGAGGAAUAGUUUUUAUGCUCUCCAAUUCAAGGAUGAUCAAGAGUUAUCUCCUCAUGUCCCUUUCCGAUAUGUGCUUCUUUCAUGUUUUAGAAAAUUUUCAGAUUUCUUGUCUAUUAUGACUUGUUAUGUUGGUCUUAAUGUUUUCCUUGCCUUGAUGGAUGUUUAG